GCAGUCACUCUCUGUGUGUCCCCUUGUUUUGUCUCCGACUGGAAACCCAUGAAUUGAGUUUCUCUUUGACAGCCGGUGCCGGUCCAUUAUCUGUCAUUAAAGCGGGUCUGAUCGGUGAAAUGUCGGAGGCUUUGCUGCAGUGGUGUGUGGACCAGUUGCACCACAAGUUCGGGCUGGAGGCUUGUGAAGACAUCGUCCGAUACAUUCUAUCCAUUGAAAAAGCUGAAGAGAUCGAGGAGUACGUGGGAGACCUCCUGCAGGGCACAGAUGGGAGGAAAGGGAUGUUCAUAGAUGAGCUGCUCGUCAGGUGGAAGAAGACUCAACGACAGGCCGCAGAUAACCCAAGUCUUUUCCUUCUCAAGGAAUCCGUCUCAUCGGCAGAUUCACAAGACAUGACCAAAGAUACCCAGAAGAAGUCUAAACGAAAGGGCCGUAACAAACAAGAAGUGAUGACUGUGAGCCAAACAGAACCUGAGCCAGAGGCAGUCAAAACCCCCAUUGAUCUGAUGAGGGCCCAAGAAAACACGAGUGCUCCUUCAACGAAGAAGAAAAAUAAGUUUGUCAGUCUCUAUAAUAAAGAGGGACAGGACAGGCUGGCUGUCUUACUCCCAGGUCGAUAUGCCUGCGAGUGCCUUGCCCAAAAGCACAAACUUAUCAACAACUGCAUCAGCUGUGGUCACAUUGUGUGUGAGCAGGAGGGCUCGGGACCCUGCCUCUUCUGCGGCAGCCUGGUCUGCACAAGAGAGGAGCAGGAGAUCUUGCAACGAGACUCCAACAAAAGCCAGAAACUAAGAAAGAAGCUUAUGGGAGACUGUGGAGAAAGAGAUUAUCUCCCACACCAGGAGGCCAUAAUGAAGGCUGGCUUGGAGAAGGCUGUCCAGCACAAGGACAAACUGCUGGAAUAUGACAAGAACAGUGUCAGGAGAACGCAGGUUCUGGACGAUGAGUCCGAUUACUUUGCUACUGAAUCCAAUCAGUGGUUAUCACCUGGUGAGCGAGAGAAGCUGAGGAAAAAGGAAGAGGAGCUUAGAGAACUUCGCCAUGCCUCUCGCAAGGACAGGAAGAUCACAUUGGACUUUGCUGGUAGACAAGUGAUUGAUGAGGGAAAGAACCUCAACGAGUACUACAACAAGUUGGAUGAGACCCUCAAGGCUAUGGGCAGUGACUCUACGCCAAAAUCACCAAUGUACUCUCAAAGACAAGGUGGAGGGCAGGGCAACAGAGAGCUGGUCAAUCCCAACAUAUUGCAGUCUGCACCAGAGUGGGUGGAUGUCGGAGGCAAAGAGAACUAUAAGAGAAAAAUGGAGCAGGGAAAGAGUGCGGCGGAGGACAAGAAAGGAGAAGAACGUUCCAGGUUGAGGCUCCAGGACAAAGAGCUGCAGGAGAUGUCUGACGGGGGGUGGUGCCUCAGCAUGCACCAACCGUGGGCUUCGCUACUGGUCAGAGGCAUCAAGAGGGUAGAGGGGCGAACUUGGUACACAUCCCACCGGGGUCGUCUUUGGAUUGCUGCUGCAGCCAAGACACCGACCCCCCAGGAGACUGCUGAGGUGGAAGCCAUGUACCGCCACAUCUACAAGAAAGAGCCCAGGUUUCCCAAAGAAUACCCCACCGGCUGCUUGUUGGGCUGCGUCAACGUGACUGACUGCCUGUCUCAGGAGCAGUUCAAACAACAGUUCCCUGGUACCUGUGAGGAGUCCUCUUCCCCAUUCGUCUUCAUCUGCACCAACCCCCAGGAGCUGCUGGUGAAAUUCCCCAUGAAAGGAAAGCACAAGAUCUGGAAGCUGGAGAGUCACUACCACCAGGGUGCCAAGAAGGGGCUGGUCCCAUCAGCUGCAGAGUGACGUGAGAGGAGAAGCUGAGGAAGAAAAACAGUCUGAUCUCACGAGAACAUGGAAAAUUAUGUUCUAUAAUGAUUGUCACAUUCUCCAUUGGGUUGUCCCAACAUUGUAUCAGGAGUUAUCAAUGCGGACAUAUUAUCAAUUUCAGCUCUGUUUCUGUUUUAAAUCACUGGCAUUUGCAUUUUUGAUAAAGAAUAUUGCUUCAAAGUAUACAGUACAUUGAUAUAUAAUCUUUUUGACCAAUUUCUAAAGUCUGCUUUGUCUGUAUUUGAUUCUUUGCAGAAAUAAAAUGAUCUGACGUUA